AUGUGUGGCCCUCAGGGCUCACAUAAAGGUACUAACGGUCAGGAGUCAGCAGUAACUGAAAAAAUAGUCAUUCCAUCCUUAUUCGAAGAUUGCCUCAUAUUUCACUUCAGUCACUUCGACAUAACUCUCAUAUUUGAUUACAUAGUAAUCGCCAUUAUAAGUUUUAUGUUAUUCAGCAUAUGCCUUCUAAUGUAUGGAAUUUUGACCGAUACAUCUUGCCUUUUGCUUCCCCAUAUUCUAAUUCAAGCUGUGCUACUACUAUUCUCCAUCGGCUACUUUUGUUUGUACGCUGUUUCCUACUUCUACGGCGAUCUUUACAAGCACUCAAGACCAUUCAAAUCAAUUCAAUUCAUUGAAAGGAUGUGGCUGGCAACGCUGCUGCUUGCACUGGCUGCUUUCCAGACUUACCUGUUUUCAUCAGUCAUACGAUGCAGUAUGUACAUAUCGGUAAGCCGUCGUUAUAAAAUCGUUAUAAAAUCCCUAUACAUAAUAUGA